UUGCUCUGAGGAGCCAUGACCAUUGAAAGCUUCUCUAUUGAAUAUGAUGCCAUCAACAGCAGGAACACUUUCACCAAUGGAGACACGAUUAGUGGCCGAAUCAUCCUGCAGGUUUCCAUGGAAACCAAAAUCCAGUCUCUUAUUUUUGUGGGAAAAGGAAAAGCGCGGGUUGUUUGGCAUGAAUAUUAUGGACAACACCAACACCGUGUUUACUGGGCUAAUGAGAAAUAUUAUGAUGUCAAGCAACCUAUCCUGAGAGAGACAAGUCAAGAUGGUACUGCCGUACUUUCUAAAGGAAGACACGUGUUUCCUUUUUCCUUCAAGAUUCCUGACAGAAAAAUGCCUUCAACAUUCAAGCACAGCACGGGCAGAAUUGUUCACAAAUUGAGGGCAGAGCUCAAACAGUCAAUGAAGUUAACCAAAAAGACCAAAGCUCACUUCACAUUUGUCUCCAAAAAUGACAUGGAGUACCCUGGUCUCAUGGAACCCCAGUAUGGAUGUAAAGAUAAAUCUCUGUCAUUUUUUGGCUCUGGAACAAUUACAAUGGAUGUACACACCAAACGCAUGGGAUACAAGCAAGGUGGCUCUGUCAAAGCCACAGUGGAAAUUGUCAACAACUCAAGUCGUGAUGUAAAACCCAAGUUCAUACUCUAUGAGAAGCAAAGUUUCUUUGCCCAAGGUCACAGGAAGCUCUACACCACCGAGAUCCUCAAGGAGAAGUCAGAAGCUGUGGCACCUGCUGAAAAAAAGGUUCUUACAAAGGUGAUCCCCAUCCCGAGGGAACUGCCUCCAUCCAUCCUGAACUGCUCUAUCAUCAAGCUGGAGUACAGACUGAAGGUCUACCUGGAUAUCAAAUGUGCUUCAGACCCACACAUCAAACUCCCCAUAAUAAUCCUGUCUCAUUUUUCUGAAGCACAGAUGCAAUCUCUCAGUACAAACACUGCAUUUGAAGAUUUUCCAAAUCCAAGCACACAGGCCUGGAACAACAUGCCACAACCUCUGGAUCCCCCACCUUCCUAUUCAUAUGCCAUGGCCUCCUCCAGUACUUAUCCUGACAAACAUAGCAGUUUAAUGUAAAUCUAGUGAUAAUAAUAAAGGAAAGAGAGAUACACUGGUUCUCGUGCGUCAUUCUCUUCCACAUUCUCAUUUAUUUGUUCUCAUAUGUUUGGAGA